UCUCUGUCAGAGCGCGGCGUUGACAGCCACUGGCCACUGAUCAGCCCACUUUGUCGGGGUUUGUGUCUCCAUGCAAGACUGCUGAAAAAGAAGCUCUGACUCUCGCAUCUUCUUUUAUUUGCAAAGGCAAGCAACGAAACAACAAGCCCGUCCACGGCAACAAAAGCGCAAGAAGUCCAAAAAAAAAGCCUUCAAGUAAUUUUCUAGACUCAUCCCUGUCUCACAUCCCUUGCACAAUGUCUGGAGAGGACGCACCUGCCGAGCAGCAAAACGCCGUGGACCAGAAGCAGGAGACCAAACCCGCCGAGGAGCCCAAAGCCGAGGCGCCCAAGACGGAGCCUGCACCCGCCGCCGCCGCCGAGGCGACCACCGAGAAGGUCCCCGAGGAGGAGACGUUCACCUACCGCGCGCUGGUGCUCACCGGCUACGGCGGCUAUGAUAAAGUGAAGCUGCAGGUGAAGAAGGGCAAGCCUGCGCUUAAGGCUGGCGAGGUGAUGGUGCGGGUCAAGGCUUGCGGGCUGAACUUCGCAGACCUGAUGGCUCGGCAGGGGCUGUACGACCGGCUGCCGUCCCCGCCGGUCACCCCCGGAAUGGAGUGCUCUGGGGUGGUGGAGGCUGUGGGGGAAGAAGUGACGGACAGAAAAGUCGGUGAUAAGGUGAUGGUGCUGAACCGCUUUGGGCUGUGGCAGGAGGUGGCAGUGGUGCCAGCAAACCACACCUUCCUCAUCCCAGACGGCAUGAGCUUUGAGGAAGCAGCCGCCCUCCCUGUGAACUACAUCACUGCUUACAUGAUGCUGUUUGACUUCGGCAACCUGCGGCCCAACCAGAGCGUCCUCAUUCACGCUGCUGCAGGUGGUGUUGGUAUUGCAGCCACUCAGCUGUGCAAAACAGUGAAGGACGUGACUGUAUUCGGCACAGCAUCUGCCAGCAAGCACGAGACCAUCACCCAGGGCGGAGUCACGCAUCCCAUCGACUAUCGCACCAAGGACUAUGUGGAGGAGGUCCGCAAGAUCAGUCCGAAAGGGAUGGACAUAAUACUGGACCCUCUCGGAGGAUCGGACACCCAUAAGGCCUACAACCUGCUGAAGCCAAUGGGCAAACUUAUCACCUAUGGUGCAGCCAACAUGCUUGCAGGCCAGAAGAAGAACCUGCUCGCCGUGGCCAAGAACUGGUACCAUCAGUUCUCCAUCCACACGCUCAGCCUGAUCCAGGGGAAUAAGUCGGUGUGUGGCUUCCACCUGGGCUACCUGGACGGGGAGAUGGAGCUCAUCAGCCAGGCCAUGAACACCAUCCUGGAUCUCUACAAGGAGGGCAAGGUCAAGCCCCGCAUUGACUCCACUUGGCACCUGGAGCAGGUGGGCGAUGCCAUGAGAAAGAUGCAGGAGAGGAACAACAUCGGCAAAGUGAUCCUCAACACGGAGCCAAUGCCUGAGGAGGAGAAGAAGGAGGAGCCCAAGAAGGAGGACAAGAAAGAGGACAAGAAGAAGGAGGACAAGAAGAAGGAGGACAAGAAGAAGGACGAUGGCAAGAAGGAGGAGAAGAAGGACGACAAGAAGAAGGAGGAGGCCAAGAAGGAGGAGAAGAAGGAGGACAAGAAGGAGGAGGAGAAGAAAGAGGAGCCCAAGAAGGAGGAGAAGUGAGAGGGAGGGAUGGAUAGUCA